AUGUCAAUAGUGGAUCCGGAAGCAGCCCCUAGAUCACGAAUCGAAAGGUACAAACUGCAGAGAGCACUGUUAGGCCAAGUCCCUCCCGAUUUCAUCCAGUUGUCCAAAAAGCUGGCAGAGAUCAUAGAGUCGCCCAAAGGCAUCGAGUUAACUUUCCAAGAUGGUACCGGCGCGGGUCCAUUCGACCUUCUGUUAGGUGCCGAUGGUAUCCGUUCAGUCAUCCGACAACAUGCAUUCCCUGAACACAAGUUGAGCUAUACCGGCAAAGUAGCUUACAGAACUCUUAUCCCCCAAUCCGCUGUCGCCCAUAUUCCCAAUAUACCCCAGUCGGCAUGUUUCUGGCACACGAGAAAUACACAUGUUUAUACGGAUCCUUUGGAUAACGGGUCGUUCGAAAUCGCUACCAGAGCUGACGAGCCGGAGGAGGAAGCCAGCAAAGUCAUUUGGGGUCAGAAGGUGAAGAAAAACCAGGUGGUCCAUCAUUACAGCAACUAUUGUGAAACUGUCCGUCAGGUUAUUGCUGCUCCCGAUGAAUGGCUUGAAUUUGCCAUGUUCGGCGGACCAAGCUUGGAGUCAGUCAUCUCCAACGGCCAUAUAGCUUUGUUGGGCGAUGCGUCACAUCCUCUUUCUGGAGCGUUCGGCUCCGGUGCUGCAUUUGCGUUUGAAGACGCUUAUGUUCUAGCACAAGCCCUUUCUUACACUCACCAGAGGCAGAAACCUAUCUCACAAGCUUUAGUGCUGUAUGAUGCGGUUCGCUCGCCACAUUACAAAGGUCUCUACGAAAUUUUAAAUGGCUUCGGAGUCAACGUCAAAGAGCUCGACGCAAUUUCACCUCCCCUCGAAGAGCAAGAUUAUAUCAAUGAGAGGACGAGAAGGAACUGGGGUGCUGAGAAUCGAUGGAUCUAUAAAUACGACGUCACGAAAGUUUGGAAGGAGUACACUGAAUUGGCAGAUGUUGGGGAGGAUAUUUCUGCGCUCACGCUCAAGAGGAACAAGGAGGCGGAAAAAAAAUCGGUUCAAGUGAUUAGCGUGGAAGCGUAA